ACAGUGGCAGUCGGACCCCAGUGCUGGCCGCCCGCUCUCCGCUCUUCCCGGCUGCAGCUGCGCUCGCCGCCGACACACGUGUUUCCAGUUAGCCGGCGCCGCGUCAGCUGGCCGCUGUCUGCGUCACCUGCUCCGCGACCCUCAACGACACCGGGAUGCUGGCUCGUCGCCCAGCGUUCUGACGGAAUGCGUGCACCUGCGUGUCGUAAAAACCUCCAACGUGCUGCCACCAAUAGCGCGCUUACAAUCAGCGCACCGAAAUGCCGUGUGCCCUAGCUACAGAAUGACACGAACGCGUGCAGCUAAUUACGGCGUGAAGAUCGUUGUCGAUAAUGUGCAACACUUCGCGUGAGACUUCGCUUGAUCCUCUUUUCACAUUACAUACCGAACGUUGCGAAGUGUUUUUCGCUUGAUCUGCACGGGUUCUAGUGGAAGCACAGUUUCCAAUCAUCCAGUUUCAAAUCAUUUCAGCCCUUGAAGAGGCAAAUGUGUUGCAAGAUCUCCCACUGUUGGUGAUAACAAGGUUGCCUCACUUGGUAUUAAUUAUCAUGCAGCUGAGUCUUUUGAGAUUACCAAAUUAGUGUGAGUGACUUGAGUGUCAUCAGCAUCUCUGAAUUACCUAAAAAAAAAUCUGUACUUAGUUUGUGACUAGUAUUUUGGCAUUUUAAGUAGUAAAUUUGUGUAGGAACAGUGAUAUUACAAACUGAUGCAACAGCCGCGAAGAGGCCAUUUCUUUUUCUCCAAACUGCAUCUCGGGACGCUUUAAUUUGACUUGAUUAUUCUAGACAGAGUGUGACACGUAACGUUCACUCCAGUACUCUCAAUGUUCGUUAUCGGGACCAACUACUAUUAGAUUUUUCAAAAAAACGAAAGAAUCGUCCUGUUCGGUCUGUGUCACGAAAGACUGCAUCAUACGUCGUGAUAUUUGGCACUAAAGAAUGAAACGCUAAACCAGCUCUGCAAUAUUUUGUAAAAAAAAACGUGUGGCAGAAAACUGAUGGUGCACUGCUUAUACAACAGUUCAGUCCGGAUCGCAAUUUGAUAUUAAUCAGCGACACGUUCCGGCCGACAGGUAUUUACCAUUAUUUCUCUUAAGAAAAGGGGAAUAGGUAAAAGAUGUUUCUCAGGCAUAUCAAAACCAUUAGCAGGUUUCACCGUGAUCAUGUAGUGACAGCAAAUCAACGGAUGGGAAGCCUAGGGAUUUUUGUAGUGAAGCUGUGAUGGGAAAGUGAACACUUCCCGGAGGCGAGGCAACAAGUACAGCACUAUUUUUUCUUAAUAGCUUAACAGAUGUUUCCGCAGUAUGAGACUCUAUUACCAACUGGAGGAUGACGUCUUCUUGUAGCCAGUUAAAGAGAUUUUCUAUUACAGAACGAAACGCUCUGAGACAAGUUGAUCAUGAUUCCGAUAUUGUAAAAGGCUGUUUGCGCUUUUUGGACUGACUGUGGAGGUUCUCAUAUUAGUUUAACAGACUAAGAAAUUCGUAUUUUUUUCAAAAUUUGUGAAUUUUUAUAGUAGGAAUACUUCAGAUGUAACUAGUGCUUGAUAUAUGUGAUUUUGAUGACUACGGAGAAGUGAAAGCUUGUAUGUGUGCACCGUGGCGGUUAUUCCCGAGAGACAAGUGGUUCUCCGUGCUUUCCUGCUCGAUCUCGAGUUUACACUAGUGGCUACGACGUUGCAGAACCAGUCGUUCAAGGUAUACGUGAACGGAGGAGUCGAUCACGGUGAUAACAAAGUAGAUCGUCUGAGUUGUAUGAAGUGACGUCCGACAUUUUUGGACCAACAGUGUAACAGUCUAAGAUUUCGCAAUUUGCCAACAGUAACUAGUGCUUGAUAUAUGUGAUUUUGAUGAAUACAGAGAAGUGAAAGCUUGUAUGUGUGUACCGUGGCGGUUAUUUCCGAGAAACAGAUGGUCCUCCGUACUUUCCUGCUCGAUCUCGAAUUUACACUAGUGGCUACCACGUUGUAGAACCAGUCGUUCAAGGUAUACGUGAACGGAGGAGUCGAUCAUGGUGACAACAAUGUAGAUCUUCUGCGGUGUAUGAAGUGACGUCCGAUAUUUUUGGACCAACACUGUAACAGUCUAAGAUUUCGUAAUUUGCCAAGAGUAACUAGUGCUUGAUGUAUGUGAUUUUGAUGACUACGGAGAAGUGAAAGCUUGUAUGUGUGCACCGUGGCGGUUAUUCCCGAGAAACAGGUGGUUCUCUGUACUUUUCUGCUCGAUCUCGAAUUUACACUAAUGGCUACGACGUUGUAGAGCCAGUGGUUCAAGGUACACGUCAACGAAGGAGUCGAUCACGCUGAUAACAGUGCAGAUCGUCUGCGUUGAAUGAAGUGACGUCCGAUAUUUUUGGACCAACAGUGUAACAGUCUAAGAUUUCGCAAUUUGCCAACAGUUUUGCAUUUUUAUAGUAGGGAUACAUCCAAGUAGUGACAGAUGUGCAUUUGGAGACAGUAAAGAAGUGAAAGCUUGUGCGUGUGCACCGUGAGGAUUAUUCCUGAGAAACUGGUGGUUCCCCGCGUUUUCCUGCUAGAUUUCGAGGUCAGAAGAGACGCUGCAACGCCGGCCGAGGGGGACGAGGAAGCGGCGACUACCGGCGACCCCAGCGCACCGCGAGCCUGCAACAAGUGUCCGCGCAGCGCGGCGCUUCCCGUUAGGCCAGUGUGCCAGUUGGCGCGGCUGACCCCGAUGCGGGCGGACAGGAGGAGGUGACGGUCGCCAUGGCCGACGGCAACUGGACAGCGGCGGCGGCGCCGGCAGAGGAGGGCCCCGUGGCGCCGGCGUGGGCGGUGUGGGCGUUCGCGGGCCCGGUGGGCGGCCUGGGCGCGCUGCUGGCCGCCUGGCUGGCGGGCUCCGCGUGGCGGCACGGUCGGUGCUCGCAGGGCCGCGCGCAGCUGCUGCUGCUGGCGCAGCUCGCCGUCGCAGACGCCGCGGCGCUGCUCGCCGUCGCGCCCGCAGAGCUGCUCGUGCUCGCCGCCAGGGGCGCCUGGCCGCUCUCUGAGGCGUGGUGCGCGGCGUUCGUGGGCGGCGAGGCGCUGCUCGGCGCGGCGGCGGCCUACCUGGUGACGUGCGUGUGCGCGCACGCGCUGCUCGGCCCCGCCGCGGACAACAGCGUUGGCGCGCUGCCCGCCGCCGCCGCCUGGCUGCUGGCCGCGUCGCUGGCGGCGCCGCUAGCCUGGCAGGCCAGGGCCGUCGCCCCCAGGCCCGGCCUGCUCGCCUGCUCCCUGCAGCCGCCCCAGGAGCUGGCGCAGUUGUUAGUGGGCGUGGUGCGCGUGGCGCUGCCGGCACUGCUGCUGCUCGCGUGCAGCCUGGCGGCUGGCGUGCGUCUGUUCUCGCUGCGACGCGGACGCCAGCGCCAGGGGGCUGGCGAGGACGAUGCGGAAGGCGAGAGCGCUGCGACUGCGGCGCGCCUGCGGCUGGCGCUCGUACUAGCGAUGGCGCAGCUGGCGCUCGGGCUGGCGCGGCCUGCGCUGGCGGCGGCGCGCGCGCUGCUGGCGACACCCGCGGCACUGGCGCCAGCCGCCGCCUUCAGCGCACCACCGCUGGCUGCGGGCCCGCAGCCACUGGCCACGUUGGCACUCGCCAUGCUACACCACACUUUACCUGCGCUGCGGCCUCUGCUCUGCUGCGCCGCCUCGCAGCACGUGCGCGAUGCCCUCACCUGCGGAUGCCGCGCCAAGGCCAGGAGGGUCUGCCGGCCGUUACAGUCCUGAUGGCCUCUGCAUAACUGCCAUGACGCAUGAUUGCGUCCAUCCACUGGAUGCCGGAGAAAGUUGUAGGACUCGAUUUUCUCUACUACCCCGUUCGACACCACCCUCCUCUCCCCCCACAUAAAAAAAGCUGGGCAAGGCAUUGAACUGGAUGCGAAUUUCGUGCAGUUCAUUUUAUUUUAUCCAUUACAAAUGGUCGAUGUAAGCACCAAAGGUAAAAACUAGUUUUGUUUGUUAGAAAAUCUGCUUCUAGUCUCAAUUUUCUUUUAUUGAUUUUCUGGGUUAUGCAUUUCAGACAAUAGUUUCGACUAUCAAGUGGAUUUUUUGCGUAUUAUUCUAUUUUUAUGCACGAUGUUUGUGAUGUGUGAGCUACUGUAUCAUUCUGGUACUUUUACUGUAAUGCAUGCAAGGUUUGCAAUUACUGAUGCAGUAUUUGUACAUGUAAUGUCGUAUUUGGAUACAAAAUUUACUUAUGAAUUUCUUGUUGUCCUCUACGUAGAAAAAUGUCCUUAAUAGUGGGAAUUGUUUUCUGAAACACAUUGUCCAGAAAACCAAUAAAGGAAAGUUGUAACUGACAUUAGCAACCAACAAAACCAUCAUACAGUUAACCCCAAAAGUCCAAAGCAGACUACAUGCUUAAAUCAGGACAACAAUAUCCAGUUGACACAAGAUAAAACGAAUUUCAUGAGAUCAUAUUUGUAGAUUUCAUAAUAGUUGACAGAUUUUAUGAGAGAAAUCCAGACUGCAACUGCUAAUGAGUUAAUUACCGAUUCCUUUCACAGUGACAAAAAUGCUAUGCUACUGUAAUGAAUCUUAGUCAGUUGUAAACUCUCAUGGGCCUGCUUCUCACUGCCCACUCCCCAUUCCUGAAUCCUUCUUCACCCCUUCAUCAUCUAGAUACGCUUCUGGAGACUUUCUCUUCGAUUAUUUCACUGAUGUAACAGAGUUGCUCAAUGAAAAACUUAACCAGUGUCUCCUAUGUAUAGUACAGUGUUUCCAGAAAGACUGGAACUAUGUUUUCUGACCUACUACUUACGCUGUUUGUGGUAUCUUGACUGAAGUGUUAUCCUAUUGUGUGAUUGCCUAUCUUGUAAAAAAGAGAAGCAAGUUACUUUAUAUCUGUAUAUGUUUUACAUAUUGAUAAGAAAUGUGAUAAAUUACCAA